AUGGCGCAUUCAACCAAGGAGUUCGACACUUCUCUCUGGUGGUACGACGACGAGGAAGGUAGGUGUUUUAUUUUUUGAGUGUGGAAAGGACGUAGUUUUUAUCGUAUUAUUUAAUAUUGCCAUCUUUGGUUUAAUUGGUAAAAACUGUUAAAUUGCCGUUUUUUCUUGACUGAUCUUUUUUAUAUUUCUACACACUUUUUGACCAUCUUCAAAUUUUAAAACUAACUUGUUUGCCGUGUAACUAACUCUGAUCCUGUCUUAGGAGCCGUGUGUUGCAUUUGCAUGGAUCCUCCAGAAGUCUCUGCCAUUUGUAUGAAGUGUAAUCAGAUGGUUGGUUGUGAAGGCUGUGUCAGAUUGUGGCACAAGACUCAAAUGUCGGAUGGUACUUAUCCUGAUUGUCCUUUGUGUCGUGCUUCUUGGCGCAUCUUGGAUCGGAGUAUCAAAAUAUGCAGAUCUUAA